GAAUGGAUAGUUAAAUACGAAGGUAAAAAAGUCAAAAAACAAACUUAUUAUUUUCCGCCGCUUACUAAGGGUUUUUCUGAGAGAGCUUUACCUACUGGAUAUCAUACUUCGCAUCCACCAAAUCAAGAUACCUUUUGUGAUUGGGAAGAAUUUGAAGAUACUACACAUAAAAAUGAAGAGGAUACAUUAUUAGACGAAGCUGAAGAAUUUCAGAGUAUUAGCACAAUUGAUGAAG